GGAUGCCGUGUUCAAGGCGGCAGACACGUCCGACAAAGCUUGCCAAGCGGCUUACGACAACAUGUCGCAGGGCUGCCCAGUCUAUGUGGGCAACACAACAUUCCUUCCUCCAGGCUUCAAUGGUGACUUUGCCCCGCUCCGCGACGACCACAAGGCGUGCCGCGACUGGCUUCCCGAGAUGAAGCAGGAGUACGAGAGUUGCCACAAGAUCCGCGACAGCCUUGUCAGUCAGGAGCAAGCCCUUUUGGACUCCUUCAGGGAUGUGAACAUCUUCGAGAGUCCCGACGAUUGCACCAUCAGUGGAACCGACGUGCUUGCCUACUACGAGGCCAUGCGCGUGCACUUCAAGAAUCGUAAAGACACAUUCUGGGAGACCUACUACAAGCUUGAGAACGUCACGGAAAAUAUCACCAAGUUCAAGUGCAUCGAUCAGGAGGUGGCCUACUUUGGGAAGGUCGCAGAGUGCGAGAGUGCCCAGUUGAAGCUCGAGCAGACGGCCUGCGACCUGCAUGAGAGGACCACCGAGUCUUGCAAAUCUCUUCCUGCAUGCCAUGAUGCUAAGUGGAAUACCUACGUCGAAGAGAUGUCGGCAGCGAAUGGCACCAUCCAGGACCUGAAGUACGAAUAUCGUGCGAUCAAGCGCAUCCAGUGCCUCUUGGACGCUUUUGCUUCCGAUGACAUGGAUGCCAAGAUUGAUGAGUGCAUCAACAAGAGGCACAGCACCGAUCUGGUAAACAGCACCUGUGUGGACAACCACGAUACUGCGGGCAAACCUGACUACACUGAGCCGGACGUGUGCAAGAAAGGAGUUGAAUCCAUCCUGCACCCCGACGACGACAAGUUUGACGACACAGAGUUCACUGCCAAAGGUAUUGAGGCAGCCCGAUGCAUGGCAUCCUGUUGCACGGUGACCUGGUACAGCUGGACCACCUAUGGAAAUGCCAUCGUGGAUCGGACCCACUACCUCAUUGAUGAGGCAACAAAUCAGCCAGCGUCCUACUCGUCCAUGGAGGACGCCAAGAAUGCUUGCGAAAAGCUGGGCUCCGUACAUUGCUUCGGGAUCUACGACACGAAAUGCGAUGGCGCCUCGCAGGAAAGCCCAGUGCGAUUGAUUGCCUCGCCUGGCCUCGACCUCCAUGAGGUGGAGGAGUCUUCUAUCGGCAGCUGUAUCAUCCACAUGAAGCUGGGAACGGGGACGACGACCACGACCACUGUGGUGCAGCUUUGCGACUGGGAGAUCAGCGUGAGCCGCUCCGCUCCGCAGCAGGGCGACUUCAACACGGAAUGGAAGAAGAUCACCGUGAAGAAUCAGGCAUUCGAUGAGGUCUUCCGCUUCUCAGGCUGCACGGACAAGGAGCUUGAUGAGGCUGAAGAAUGCGUCACCAAGUUUA